AUGUCAGCUUCCUCUCAUAAACCCAUAGACUUUUCAGAACCACAUCCCAAUCGCCCCGUAUCGACAUACGAAGAGCUCGAUUUCUCUUCUGACCUUCCCCCUGUUGAUCCUUGGUCAUCUCCAUCAUCCGCCGGUGGUUCAUCACGUUUCUCUCAAUUCUCUUCUUUUUCUCCUCCACGUCCUACCCCUUCUGCUACGUUCCAAGCUCAAUCAGAAACGAAACAGACUUCUACGAGUAAUUCAAGUCAGAAAUCUACUACUGGUCCAGCUCUGGAUGUUCCUUUGGUAUUAGGAGUUGCUGUUGUGGAUUUCAAUCAUUUGAUCGGACCAACUGUCGAAUUCGCCUAUCCUCAAAGUCUUCAAAUUGCAAUCCAAGAUGAUGAUUCUUUUUCCAAAUUAUUACCUUUUCUAGCUCUACCUGAUGGUGCUCAUUUAGUUUAUCCAGACGCUCUUCCUCUCACGAAUGUACCUCCGGGUCAAACUCUCUUCGGAAUCUCAUGUAAUAGACAAUUGGCAGCUGCGGAAUUAUUGAAGAGGCCGAGUGAUGUUACGAGAAGUAUGGUACAGAAAGCUGUGGUGGUAAUUGCUUCUCAACCUGUUUUUGGGCCGAUACGUGAUCGAUUAGGAGUAGUGACUAGAGCAUAUUUCGCCCAAAGGGACUUCACACAAACCGGCAUCUUGGAAGACUUCUACACCAGUCUUGAGACUAGUUUACAAGGAAAGAGUGGGGAAGGGACAUCUUUACGAGAAUUAAUCCAUAAAUUCAGACAUAAAACCUUAAUACUUCUCAAAGCUCUAAUGCUACAAAAACGUGUUAUGCUAUUUGGUUAUCCAGUAGAAAUGCUAUGUACAUAUCAAUAUUCUCUCGUAUCUCUCAUGCCGGGGCUUUUACUCAAUUUGAGAGAUUCCGGGGCACCGGAGUUGGAUUAUAGGACGAGCAGAGUGCGACCGACGUCUUUGAGGUCAAGUGAUAGGAGCAGUCUAUUAAGGUAUAUGGGUUUGCCAUUACAUUUAUUCGGGAAAGACGCUUUCUUCCAACCUUAUUUACCAUUGCAACAGAUAGAGAUGUUAAAGGCUCGAUCAUGGCUUGUGGGGACCACCAAUCAGAUUGUGACGCAGCAGAAAGAUGCAAGGUAUGAUUUACUCGUCAACAUCGAAAAUGUCUCAUUUGAAUUCACCGACCCUAAACUAGAACGAUUAUUGUCCCUCACUGCUGCGGAUAGGAAAUGGAUGGACGAUGUAGUCCGUGCCGUGGAAGAGACUUGGGCUACUCUGAUUAUCAGGUUCCGUGGAAGUGACGACGAUCUACGGUCACGAUUCGAAGAGUACAUCUGUGCAUGCUUGUCAUCUAUCAAAUAUGCCGAUUUCCUCGCUAAGGGAAAACAACAAGAUAUCGCUAUUGUCACUUCUGGAUCUGGAGCGGGUGGUGAUGGGAAUGUUUUAGCACCUUUUGGGGAGGCUUGGUUGAUGGCUUUUAAGAUUACGGAAGCUGGUAAGAAUUGGGAACAAUGUACCGAUCCUGUUCUGUUUGAUCUGUGUGAGCCUAGGUGA